AUGCGCUCUAGCAACAAGAACUACAUCGAUCUCAGCGAGAACCGACAUGAGCGACGGGAGGGCACGCCGUGGUAUUGGCGCCUUAUAGCACUCGUUGCGUCGUGGAUGAUACUGGGAGGAUACCUCAUACUACCAGGCCUCUACGCGAAAGACGCACAACUGAAGAUCAGCCAAGCAGUGCUAUCCGUCUUCGUUGUCGCACUCCUCACAGCGGGCUACUCCUUCACGGCGCUACUCUGCUUCGCAUGUCGCAAUGAAUUGUUCCAGGCAGAGGGAGUCUUCCUACCCGCCCUCGUCUCCUCUGCCUUCGGUCUCCUCUCGAUCGCCUACAACUUUUCCUUGUCGCACGCCUAUGUUUGGGAAACCUCCGCAAUUACUGGCACAGCAGUCAGCACCACAGCGACCCUGCUCUACAGCGCACUCCUCCUCUGGACAAAUCGCCGGAUAGUUAAGAUGAGAGAGCAAGCAGGGGAGCGCGCAAACCUUUGGUCAGAACAGUCAUACUACAGCAACUUUAUCCAGAACAUGUACCCGACCGCCGUUCGCACACCCCCACAAGUGCCCGAAGCCGCAAUCACCGAAGACGAACGCGUAAAUCAGCAAAUGGCCUUGCUCCUCAUGAAAGCAGAUGCUCGGCCAAGCCCCGACGCGAACAGCACUACGUUCAGGAUAGACCUGCCAGAAGACAGAGAAGAGCAGGAACGACACGCGCGCAGCCAGGAGUUAGUAGGCACACCAGGCCAAAUACAUACAGACUGGAAUCGCAAUCGGGCAGACAGCAGACCGGACAGUCUCAGUGAGCAGCAAGCCUGGCAACAAUGGCAGCAACAUCGCGGGCGGACGACGAUCCGGCCAUCGAGCACUAGCCAGCGGAGUAACCACUCGAGAAAUCUAAGCCGGGAAGAGCGGAGGAGAGAAAUCGAACAUGGCGGUGCAUGA